CGUAUAAUAUCUAAAAUCAAAUAAUAUUAAUUUAUACUUUACACGAUGCCACCUAGUCGUCUAGACGCUGUUUAUAGAAGUAUCCUCCUUACGAAAUUUUUCACCAAGGGUUGGGGUAGCCCUCAGAAUUUGAAAAGGAUCUUUGAAUUCAGAAAAGUUAUGGCCAAUAGAGAAGCGUGUUACAAUCUUAUACCCUGCGAUUACCCAAUCGAUAUAACUAAGGACGAAGAAUGGUCGGAUUGCCAUAUAAUCGAAGGAUGUUUCGAAAGUCCGUUUCACAAGCAUCUUCCUGGAAUAAUGCCAAACGAAACGAUAACGGCACAUUUUCAAUUGGUUUUACCGCGUAAGUGGUAUUCGCAUAAAACAAAACCCAUUUGUCUACAUCUUGCGGGUACCGGAGAUCACUUUUUCUGGCGGAGAAGAAAUUUGAUUGCCAAACCCUUGCUUAAAGAAUCUGGAAUCGCAUCUUUGUUAUUGGAAAAUCCAUUUUAUGGAUUAAGAAAACCACAGAAUCAAAUACGUUCCAGUUUGCAUAACGUGUGCGACAUUUUUAUCAUGGGAGGAUGCUUAAUAAUGGAAUCGAUCGUUUUACUGAACUGGUGCGAACAACAAGGUUUCGGACCCUUAGGUCUUACAGGAUUGUCGAUGGGCGGUCAUAUGGCUUCUUUGGCAGCAACUAAUUGGCCAAAACCGAUACCGUUAGUUCCUUGUCUUUCAUGGUCAACGGCAUCGCCAGUUUUCACUCAAGGAGUAAUGAGUGCUUCCAUUAAUUGGACACUUUUAGAAAACCAAUAUUUUGCGAACGAACUUUAUCAAAACGAUCUCGCGAAAAUGGUCAGAAUUGUUGGGGAGGAAGAUGCAUUCUUAGCUGGUCAACAUUUUGCUCAACAUUAUCCUGCAAGUAUGAAUAGGGUGAACGAACUGAAAGUAAAGUCCGAAGAUGCGAAUAAAGAAACAGACGGUAAUACCGAUACUCAGACUGUGAUCGAUAGUAAAUCAAAUAAUGGUUGCGAAUUUCAAAACGAAGACAAUAAGUUGAAAGAGCAAGUUGCCGAAGAGAAAGCUGCAGCCAAGAUAUUUCCGCUAAGCCUCAUUUCUAACAAAUUUAAGCAAAAAGAUUCGAGUGCGCUCAAAGGCAUUUGUUUAUUACCAGUUCCGAGACAUCCGUUAUUUUCGGAUUACAAGUGGCGUGAACGAGAAGCAUUGCAAUUCAUGUGCGGAAUAAUGGAUGAAUGUACGCAUUUGAAAAAUUUUGAAGUACCCGUUGAUACCGAGCUCAUCAUCGCUGUUUGUGCAAGAGAUGACGCGUAUGUGCCCCGCGAUGGUUGUAUGAGCUUAGAAAAAAUCUGGCCAGGCGUUGAAGUUCGAUAUAUAGAAGCGGGACACGUAACUGCGUAUCUUCUUCAUCAGAAAGUAUUUAGAUCUACUAUAGCAGAAGCAUUUCAACGAUCUUUGAAGAAAUAUCCUUUAAAAGUCAGUUGAUGUACGUGCAAAUUAAAUAAAAAUCAAAGUUAAUCCGAAAUGAUGUAAAACAAUUUCAUGAGACAAUAUUUUGUUGAAAUGGAAUACCGAAUGGCCGUUUCUGAUAUUAUCAAGGAAAAUCGUAUUCAGGCUCUCUUGAAAAUACCGUAAUUUCUGUUGCCUGUGCAUUGAAAAAUUUCAUAAAUACUUGAUACCAAGACAAUAAUCAUGCGUGUAAGCAGAUAUGAUUCUUUAUGUGUUCGAUACGUACAAAAUAUUCUAAUGUUAAUUUUAAUAAAGAGAAAAACAAAGAAACUGUAUAAAAUGCUCGUGAAAUGUAUUUGCAUCUUGAAUUUAAAUAUAUUCUGUAAAAAGAAA